ACAGCAGUGUUCGCAAUACAGUUAUCUCCCUUACUCCGCAUUCACCGCCAUUAUUUUUAUUUCUGAAAUUAUUUGUAUUUUUAUAUAAAAAUGUCCACAGAAACUGAAGAAGAUGAUUAUAUGUCUGAUAAAUUUGUUGAUAACUGUGUUAACUUACGACCAGGACUUGUGUCUAAAGCAACAAGUCGACAAUACCAUGUAGAGAAGGCAACAAAAGAGGCCAACAGACAGAACCAGUUGAAACGAAAGAAUAUGAAAGAAAGUGAAAAAGAAAGGCGAACAGAAGGUUUAAGUAUAAAGCUCAGUGAAGAUAACAAAGGAUUUGCAUUAUUACAGAAAAUGGGUUAUAAACCAGGAAUGUCACUAGGCAAAGAAGGUCAAGGACGUUCAGAACCAGUCCCCAUCAAAGUAAAAUGUGACCGAGAAGGUCUUGGAUUAGCAACUAAAAGAAAAGAACAAUUAGCAGAAAUAAAUAAAUUUCAGGAAAUGGUAAAAAGGAAGCAUCAAAAGCUCCAAGGAAACUUCAUGCAACGGAUGAGUGACAAGUUCAGUGUAAAAGAAAUAGAAAAGGAUUUAGAAAAAUGUCAAAAAGUUUGUGAUGAACUUGAUGGCAGAGCUAAAAUAACUGAACCAAAAGAUUGGUUCUAUUGGCCACUUUAUCGAUUAGAGCAAAAAUUAGCUGAUGAAAGUGAAGAUGAGGUUGAAGAGAAACCAAUUUUAGACAUUUAUUCUCCUGAAGAAAAACUAGAAAUGGUGAUUGACUAUCUAAGAAACACCUACUUUUAUUGCUUAUGGUGUGGCGCAACUUUUGAUAGUAUAAAAGACAUGGAUGAAAAUUGUCCUGGAAAUUGCCGAUCUGCUCAUGAAUCAAUGUAAACAUACGUUUCUGUCUCAAUAAUCUUCCUGUUUUUUUUUUUACAGAACAUUUCAUUGUUUAAUUUAGUAUCAGAAUAAACAAAAUUUAAGACAAGUUGUUAUUUUAAGACACAUCUUGGUGGAGAUAAACUGUUUAUAACUUUUUGAAAAUUAUGAUAUAAUGUCACUGUCUUAAAGCCAUGAAUAUCACAGACUCAUUUCCUUACUUUUUUACUGAACUUUAAGUAAGAAAUCAAUGAAUACAAUUGAUUGAUUUAGCUUCUAGAACUGAUUUUCCUUUGAGAAUUUUACAACAAAUCUUAAUUUACAUACAAACAUCACUUUCACUCCAAAAGAACAAAAAUACUUGCAUUUUGGUAUUAGAAAUUUUAUUUUGUUGUUUAUGUUUAGGUGGAGUUUUAAUGUGAACUAACUGUUUCAUUGAAAUUUAUAACAAUAAUAAUGUUGAUGGAUUUGGUUUGCCCCAGAGAAAUAGGACUGUCUUUAUAGCUUUUAUAGGCUGACUGAGAGUGAGGAGAAUUUUGUGAUUAAACAUUUAUAUUUCUCUUAAACAUUUUCAAGCUAAUGUAUUUAGAAAAGACAUAUAGGGAGGGAUUUCCAGAGGAAAGGUAAAGUUAGAGUGAUGACAGAUAAGUUGGGAGUGUCUCAAUAGAGAUGGAACAACAUUAACCACUCCAGAAGUGUUGAAGCCACUAUAACAGGAGUUGAUGUAGUGAGUUGAGGAUUGUGAAAGAUUCAGUUUCUACACUAGUGACAUUGGUGUGGGAUGAGUAUGAAGUCCAAGAAGAGUUGUGAGUGUUGAAGUCAUUGAGAAUGAUGACUUCAAGGAGGAGUUACUUUAGAUAAAUGUCCUUGGUAUGGUUAGUUGUUGGUGGUUGGAGGAGUUCAGAGAGCAGCAAAUGAAACAGAUGUAUUUGGAGAAGUCGGAAAAGGGGACUUUCUGUCAGAGCAACUGGAAUUCCUGUUGCUGAUAUAUGCAGGGUAGAGAGAGCAGUGGAAUCUACAAAUGUUGAGAUGCCACCUUUUAGAGCGAAGUUUCAAUAUAAAGUGUAACAUGGACUGAGGUAAUGAUUGUAGAAUUUGUGUCUUGGAGUGGAAUUGGAAUUGUGAUUUUGAGUAUUAGUUGGAAAGCAAUGUACAGGGUUUGAACUGGAUGAAAUUCUAUGGACAUAGAAGGUGAAUUGUCCAGUGGGUUUAGUUUUACUAUUAAACAUCUAGGGAAGUGUAGCAGGUGUUGGUGUGCUGUGAAGACAUGAUAACCCCUUGCCAGGAGCCUAGUUCAAAUGCUUACAACAUAGUGAAUGCCAUGGAAGGCAACAGAGUAAACUCUAUGAACAUCUGAAAAAUGUGGAAUCACCAUCUACACAACAGAACUACAUAAAACAAAAUGAUAACUUCACUCACUCAUUCAAACUUUUGUUAUUUUAUUGUUUUGUAGUGACAAAGAUACAUAUAUUUAAAAUCACAACAAUAAAAAGAAUAAAGACAAUAUUGCCUACUUCUAAAGAUA